AUGCUCGCUAUAAUUCCUAUACUAUUGAGGUUUACCAGCCUCGCCACAUCAGCAGCUAUCCCACCUGCCUCGAUAGCAAAACUUCAAGAUUCUGCAGCACUAGAAUCAACCUGGGAGCCCACCGACUCCGCUCAGGUGUUAUCCACCAAACCAACCAACCAGAACUCCGAAGCCAAGCUCAAUAAUUUCGCCAAACGAACCCCUUACUACUUCCCUGAAACUGUCCCGGAUGAGGAAGAGAUCGCCGAUGAAUUAUUUGCUCUUCACGAAGCAGCCACUGUGAACAACUCGCCAAAUGGACAUGAAAUGGCGCAUGAGGGGGUAGGGACUGGGCAGUCACAACAACUACAGUCAAUCGGAACACCGGAUAAAGAGAUCGACAUUCUCCGCGCACCUCUUUCUGAUCCUGAUCAGGACAUCAGUCCCGAGCUCGCCCAAUCACUUGAGGUCUCGUCUUCGAAUUAUGUGGGCCAGAAUCAUGCAGCAGACAUCCAGACUCAAGUACAAGCCAAGACUGUGCAGGUCGAUUGGGUCCUCUCUGAGUCUUCUCAAAUGGUUAUCACCACGCCUCCAUUUGUCCCAUCUAUGCUUGUCUUAUUCUUCAUCGCUGCGCUCUUGUGUAUCGUCACUGUGGUCCGUGGGGUCCGAUAUAGGCGUUGA